AUGACGUAAACGGAAGUGUGAAUCAUGCGACGCCUUCCAGUCAACCGUUCCCCUUUUUUGCUCAAUAACUUCAUUUUGCUCAAUAACUUGACAAGAGUUUCUUUUAUCGCUCGCAUCUUACUCUUAUUAAGCCACUAAGGCUCGCAUCUUACUCUUAUUAAGCCACUAAGGCUCGCUUCUUACUCUUCUAAAGCCACUAAGGCUCACAUUUUACUCUCCUAAAGCAUCUUCCUCUUGUAAAACCAGUAAGGCUCAGUUGUUUUGAGGCAUGAGCGACAAAAGUUGUGGUCCUGUGGCCCGCGCGGUCCUCCAGCAGUGCCUGCAAGCCCGCCUGCAGGUCAAAGCCGCCCAGGAGCACUGCGACGCCGAAUGGGUUGAGGUGGGAAGAGGAAUGGUGAUCUACGUGUGUUUCUUCAAAGGCGCAACAGACGACAUCCUGCCCAAGAUGGUCUCCACGCUGUUGAACCUGCGGCUGUGCGAGUCCGAGUCCGGCAGGAUGGUGUCGGUGCUGGAGCUGCCCGGCAGCGUGCUGGUGGUGCCGCAGGCCACGCUGGGUGGCAAGGCCAAGGGGCGGGUCAUGCAGUACCACAACAACAUCGGUAAAGAAGACGGACUGAGGCUCUACACCGCCUUCGUGGCUCUCUGCCAACAGGAAGUGGCGGGUGUGACGCUGAAACACGGCACGUACGGGAACAGACAGGUCCUGAAGCUGGACACCAACGGGCCUUACACACACCUGGUGGACUUCUGAACCCUCACCCAAGACAAAGAAAAAAUAAAGCAGU